UAAAAAAAUAAUUGUUAAAAAAUAUACAUUACAUAUACAAAAAAAGCAUACAGCCAUGUAACUCAAAACUCCUCAUAUCCACAGAAAAUCAGUUCUCUUUUAGACCUCUUCAUGACACAUAAUUUAGUGCCAAAUAUAGUGCCAAAUUCCAGGCUAUGCACUGGAGUAGCUGACAUAAACAGAUUGUGACGCAGAGAUUUGUUUGGUUUGUAGUGCUGAGCUGCAUGGGGGGGAAACAGGUGUGAAUACGGCCUUAACUUCAGUCACUGUCUGCCUUUCAAUGGGGAUCAAUUUAAACGAUCCUUAUUCAAUCCCUCUCCUGCACAACCCUGGGAGUCUCCCUCUCUCUCCCACUCUCGUUGUAUCUCCACCCUCUCUGUCUUUCUCUCCCUUUCCCUGUCUUUCUGCUCCAGAGUGGAUAAUCCUUUUAGCACCAAAGCUGGUGAGCUUACAGUCACGCCCCUCCCUAUAGCCUCCUCUCUGCAUCCCCUAUCCUAGUCAAUGACACACAGCAGGUGGUGGACUGGGAGGAUUGGGGGGUGCAGUGUGAGUGUGUGUGCCUGGGGUGGGGAGGGCAUAAAUAAGAAGCUCUAUCCUGCUGUUUCCCUAAGUUCACGGCUCACAUGACAGUGGGACAGCCUCGCUGUCUGACUCAGAGAGUGGGGGUCUGCCAUUGCAUGCCUGGUGUUUGCUGACUCAGACACUGAGGUUGCAAAAAAAGAUUCCUCUGUUUCAGUCAAGUUGGAGACGUACCCUACCCUGAGUAAUUAGACAGCUGUGUUGACGACGUAGCUGAUUGAUCAAAUCUUGAUCAGCACCUAUUUUCUCCCCCUUAUCACUGUUUCACUACCACAUUGGUUUGUGCUUCACUGAUUAAUGGCUAGGAGUAACUUCUAUCUAAAUACAGGGAGUAAAUAAUCAGAUUCUGAGUAAUGUUCAAGUAGCUAGUCUCCAAAAUUUCAUUGUAUGCAAAUACAAUGACAAGAAAAGCUUUUUCACUUCACUUUUUCACUAUUUUAGUUUUCAAGUUCCAGUUCACCUGUAAAACUCAAAUGAUCUAUGACUGCUUCCACAUUCCUGGUUAACAAUCUCCAACAGAUCCUCUUCUACCAUGUUCAACAGCUUACACCCAGUAAAACUGAAUUAAACUCUUAGGCAGCUGCAGAGGAACUCCAUACUCUCCGACUGGGAGAGACGUAUGCGUGUGGGUGUGUGCGUGUGGGUGUGUGAGUGUGUGAGUGUGUGUGUGUGUGUUGUUGGGAGAUUAGUCGCAGGGCAUGGGACGGAGCAUGUCUAUCUAAGAUCAGGACCCACACACUCACACCUCACUGUGUCCAUCCAGGGAAGCUCGUGAACGGACAUGUGUGUGGCACUAUAAAUAACUCAGUGAGCACUGCGCUGCACGUUUGUGGUAAUGCGUUGUGGUUAGACAGAGAGAACAUUGUCACAACCUUAGGCCAUCUUCAACUAGACAUGGUUAAUGGUUGGCUCAUUGCUUAUGCUGAAGAUCUUUCUGACAUACAUGCAGGGUUCAUGUCCCAGACCGACUUCUGUAUUGUGCCUCAAUCGACUGUAACAGGUUAUUCUGGAAUAUUGACACAACAAUGCUAACGAGCCACCUUUGAAACAGGCACGUCACAGAUUUAAGAGCUGCAGAUGCCAUAUGGCAAUAUCUCAGAUCACUCCCACCUUGUAUCUCAGUGGCGUGGACGCUGCCUUGAGCCACACAGUAAUCACCAACCGGCACAUCACUCUCAUUGUGAAUGCCACUGUGGAACACAUAUGCCCCGAGUACACUGGUGUGGAGUGCAUGCGUGUGCCCGUCCUGGACCAGCCCCAUGCCUCACUGUCUGAACACUUUGACACAGUGGCUGAACGCAUCCACAACAACCAGACUGGCAGCACUCUGGUGCACUGCUCUGCUGGCAGGAGCCGGUCAGCUUCUCUCGUCAUGGCUUACCUGAUGAAGUUCAGACAGGCCACGCUACUCCAGGCUCACUACUGGGUGCUGGAGGUCAGGCCGUUCAUUUGACCCAAUGCUGGGUUCUGGCGACAGCUGCUGGAGUACGAGCGCAAGCUUCAUGGCAAGAACUCUGUCAGGAUGGUUGCCACAGUCCUUGGGGUUUUACCAGAGGCAAUAGAUGUGAAUGAGGGGUCAGCAUAUUGUUUGAAUGGGUGACUGAACUUGGACUAAACUUCAUACAAAAUGUUUAGAGUAAUUAAACCACACUGUCAAUGUGAA